AUGUUGAGAUUUGGUACCUUGGGAUCGACAUCAUCAAGGCAUGAAUUGCUUGUGACCAAACACGCAGACUUGAUUGGAAUAGUAGAUGUUUUCCGUUCGGUUGUGGCCACCAAAUCAAAUCUCAUCCAGGCACUCCAGGCACGAUAUCCCGGUACCGAUGCUGCGGCGUCGAGAACACUAAGUCUUUUUGUGAGACUGUGGCUGAUGCUGAACGUCCGCGAGUCGGAAGCUUUGUUGCAUGCUCCACAAACAUAUCUCUUGCAUUGGAGUGACAAGCAGACAUUGCGAGAGUUCGUGGCCGAAGCAUUCCCAACUUCACGGUGGAAGAUUGAAGCCAAAGACAGUCGGUUGCAUCCCUCCUUCACAGCAGUGUUCAUGGUGGACAUCUGUGGUUUGAAGCUCGAAUGGACAGAUUGUCUGGCCGAUCACCUGAGACUUGAUAGACGCCAUAACGCUUUGAGGGUAUACUCGUACAAGGGAUUGCUUCAGGCUCACCUGAACUCCUAUCAGAAUGGCGGUUCAAGUAUUCAAAGUCCCCUGCCCGAACAGCUGCUCGUAGAGACUAUAUGGAGUCUGAAUAUCCUCUUUCCACAAUGGGAUCAAAGCACCAAUGCGUUGCUCAAAAAACACCAACAGACCUUCCAGCAAGCAGGGCCCUAUAACGGGCCACCAACGUUGAAUCUUGCCGAAUUCCAAUAUUGGCGAGAUCGAUUGAUGGAGCUUCAUGAUGUAGUUUUUCUGGCUCCUCCGGCAAGUUGGGCGCAGCUAUGGCGGGACCGGCGGAAUCCUCAGCAGUUCUGGACAUUCUGGUUGGCACUGGUCAUUCUGUGGCUGACGUUGAUUUCGACGAUAACGAGCAUCGUACAGGCGUGGGCUUCGGUAAAGGGUCUAGACAGUUAG